AUGGGUAAAAAAUUUAUUGGAACAACCUAUUUGGAAACAACUUAUUGGAAAGCAUUGUACUUAUCGGUACCGAUUAUUUGGGCAAAUUUAUCGGAUCAAGCAAAAUCAGAAUUUUUCCUGUUCCAGACAAAAGCUAAAGGAACUGGAUAUGUGAGUAAUGCUCUGAAGAAGCUGGAAUCAUAG